AUGGCUCUCAAGGGAGGUGUGCAAGUUCCAAAUGGUGAGAAAUGGACUGUCAUCGGUGUUAAGCAACACAAGACAGGGACACAGCGAGUGGCAACUGUUUCGUUAGAUGAGGAGGAAGAUGUAGUAAGUAUAUUUACCACAAUCUGGUUAUUGUGAAUGUGAUUGAUUUAAUACAAACCUGGUAAAUAUGUUUUCUUUUGUCUACAUUUUCAGUGGUUGGAUGUGUACUACCGACACGUUCGACCAGCUUUUCUUCAAAACUCUGAUGACGUGGAAGAAGAUGAGAUUCUCAAUUUCCACAACUGGAAAAGCCAUCUACAACCCUUCCAAAGACCUACAAAGGUUUCAUGCCAAGUAAGUAGAACACUGUUAAGAACAACGCUGUUUUUUAUCAUUACACAAUACUUUUUUGACAGUACAGUUUUCUAAAUCCAAAACUGUAUCUGAUGAAAGAACAAGAAAAAACAAACUCCCCAACAUCACCAGCCAGGUAGCGACACAGGUUUUUGAGACAAAUACCAAAGCCAACUUCACAGAUGCAGAGAAGGCACUUGUUGCUGACUACUUGGCCCAUACACCUGCUACAGCUGACAGGCACUAA